AUGGCUACCCUUGCCAUGCAAUCGCUGGGCUGCGAAGUGGCUGCCCUGAACACCGUACAUUUCAGCAACCAUACUGGAUAUGGGCAAUUCAAAGGGACAAAGUCGUCCGCUCAAGAAAUAACAACUCUAUAUGACGGCCUACGGCAAAGCUAUCUGACCGAUUUUGACGUCCUAUUGACGGGAUAUGCGCCCAGUGCCACAGCAGUCGAAGCAGUCGGAGCUAUUGCAAUGGAUUUAAAGAAACGAGCAUCGAAGCGGCCGGGCUCUUUUUUCUGGGUACUUGACCCAGUGAUGGGAGACCAAGGCCGUAUAUACGUCAACGAGGACGUGGUGCCAGCGUAUAAGUCUCUCGUUUCGCAUGCGGAUUUAAUCUUACCAAAUCAAUUUGAAACAGAGCUCCUUUCUGGAAUAAAGAUCACCUCCCUUCAAAACCUUGCAGAUGCAGUGACCGUUAUUCAUCGCACUUAUAACGUUCCCCACGUCAUUGUCACUUCAGUGCAGCUCCCUGCUCCACUCUCUUCCUCGGCAUCGUCUGUCAUCUCAUUCUCAACAGCAGAUAGCUCCUCUGUCAGUCAGGAUGCCCGUCAAAACAAUACACUGGCAGUAUUCGGAUCAACUAUGCGAUCGGACCGUUCCGCUCGAUUGUUUAAACUCGAAGUGCCCCGCCUGGAUUGCUUCUUUAGCGGAACAGGAGAUAUGUUUGGGGCGUUGAUGGUUGGACGGCUGCGUGAAGCCGUGUUCCAGGAUGCGCCUGCGCUACGUGAGACGGCUUCUUGGAUAUCGCCCGAUAACAUCUCGGCUACAGAACUUCCACUAGCUAAAGCCACAGAGAAGGUGUUGGCGAGCAUGCACCUGGUGCUCGAGAAGACUAUGAUAGCCAGAAACGAGGAGCUGGCGAGGUAUCAAAGCGAGGAUGACAAUCCUGACUCAGAGUUCGCUCAAUUAUCGGAUGAGGAACGCAAAGUGGCGGUCGAAAAGAGAGCGCGUCUUCGUACAUCGAAAGCAGCAGAGGUUAGGCUUGUGCGCAAUGUUGACCUCCUCAAACACCCUGUGGUAAAGUUCAGAGCUAAGGAGUGGAACCAAUGA